UGAGUGAGUUUACAUUAAACAAGAUCGAAUAGGGUUUUCUCUUUGCAAGGAAGAAAAAAAGUUAAAUGGAGUUGGGUUUGAGCUUGGGUGGUUCCUCCAAGCCAUUUUCAUUUCUAGAAAAAACCCCAAAGUUGUCAAGCAAUGAUCAUCUAGGGUUUUGCAUGGGGCUCGGCAGAUCACAAGAAAAAAGGGAUUCUUUGGAAGCUGAAAGAAGAGGGAAUGGUGGAGACAGCAAAAGGGUUUCUUCAGAUCCUCAUCUUCAGCUUCAUCUUCGCCUUCCAUGGCUUUUUGAUAAUCUGCACGAAACGGGUUUAUCAAAAGGACGGGGAAGAGGGUUAGACGUGAACCGGUUACCCAUGGUGGCGUUGGCGGGUGAAGCGACGGCGGGGCAUUCGUCUCCGGACAGAGCGGUGUCGUCUUGUCAGUUGGAUUUUUGGUUUAGAAAAGGAAACAGCAGAGGCAAGAGAGACAUGGACGCUGAAACCGAAAGGGGUAGCUCAAGAGCCAGUGAUGAUGAUGAAGAUGAGAACGGUUCAAGCCGGAAGAAACUCCGGCUUUCUAAAGAACAAUCGGCUUUCCUUGAAGAAAGUUUCAAAGAACACAACAACCUAAAUCCCAAACAAAAACUUGCAUUGGCCAAGCAAUUAAAUCUUCGUCCUCGACAAGUGGAAGUUUGGUUUCAAAAUAGAAGAGCAAGGACAAAAUUAAAGCAAACGGAGUUAGAUUGUGAGUAUUUAAAGAGAUGCUGCGAGACACUGACAGAAGAAAAUAGAAGAUUACACAAAGAAGUGCAAGAGUUAAGAGCUUUAAAAACCUGUCAACCAUUUUACAUGCAGUUACCUGCCACUACCCUUACUAUGUGUCCCUCAUGUGAGCGUGUCACCACCACCUCCGCCACCGAUGCCAAAAUCGGAAUUUAA